CAUUUUUACUUCUAUAGUUUCUGCUCUUUCACUUUAUUCCAACUCAUUAUGGAAUUGUGUAAAACAGAGAUCUCAAACUUUGUGUCUUUGUUUUAAAGUAUAGAAACACUUAGUGGUGAAACACUGAUUGUGCUGCUGAACAGGAAUGGCUGACAGAACAGUCUUGCUCAACACAAGAUGUAAGAAGAUUGCAGAGCACAGGAAAUGUGCCAGUAGCCACUGGUUGGAGUUUCUCUGUUGCAGUUUCUCUUUUCAGUGUAGACCAGACAGAAGAGAGACCCGCUCACAAUGACAGAAGCAUAUUGUUUCCACCUUGCGUUUAUCUUUGCAUUCCUCCAAAUACAAGCAGGAUGUGCUGCGGAAGAAUGCGCUGUGGCUGUGUCUCAGCCGAACUUCAUAGAAGUGAGUGAAGAAAGCGAGACGGUCACCAUACACUGCAACUUCACCUCGUCCGGACAAUGUCCUUCCAUUCCUGAAGUGCUGUGGUAUCACUUUCAACAGCACUCGCACAGAAAGCUCCAAACACACUCCUCCAACAAGUAUUCACUGGAACAAUCUGGCAACAACAGGUCCCUUCGGAUCAGCCACAUCCACCCCAACGACAGCGGCAUUUACUUCUGUGGGAUAUCGUUCACCAAGUCGGAUUCAAUCCACUCGAAAAACACAUCCACUGGGACUAUUCUGGUUGUUAGAGCGGUGAUGGUGAUGCCAUUCAAAAAACUGCUAAUGAUUAUCCUGACAGUCCUUCUGUUCCUGUACAGUGUCUGUAUUGUAGUCCUGCUUGUUCUUUAUAAGCCGAUAACAUGGAUGAGUAAAAUAACAUGCAGAAGAGGUAGAGAGAGGCCUUCCAGGGAGAAUAAAAAUUCUACAAGGAGAGCCAACUUCCGAGCUGUUGCACAGGAGCUCUACAAUCGGAGGAACCCCAGAAAGAACAGAAAAGCUGCGGAGGAAAUCUCCACCGCUUCUGCACCAGAUGACCCCACUAUUUAUCAAAACUUGUGAGAAAUCAGUUUGCGGAAGCCAUUGCAAAACUGUGAGGCGUAUCACAGCUGCUUCCAGUAGUAGAAUGAGACAAUAACCACUGCUGGGAAAAGUGUUUUGAUUCUUAUAGCAAAGAUCAUUAAACAAACAAAAAAAAAAAAGCAGUGGGAGCUUGAAUCUGAAAUUGAGCCUGAAAAAAAAAAAAAAAAUCUGACGAGGACUUCAUCUUAGUAGGUGGUUUUUUUAAUCUUUGGAACCCAGCCAAAACGUCCAUUCCCACAGGCCGUUACUGAACAAUCAUAGCUCUCCCUCCUGGUUUUGAAGAGUUUGCUAUUCAGUGUGUGACUUGGAAAAGUGUGAAAAAGAGGAACCCAGUUUUUAUGGGUCCCCACACAUACCUAACACUGUUACCAACAUUUAUAAUGUGUUGGACAUGCAUUGCAAAACAUGUUAUGCGCCCAAUAAAUUUCACAACAUUACUUUCCUACCAUUUUGAAAGAUUUUUCCCCAGACGUGAGAUAUGCUUAAGUCUAUGAGAAAAUAUUAAGAAAAAGAGUUGUUCAAAUUGUCACCCCCAGUCUAGCUGUAUAAAGACAGGGCGGGGAAGACUUUAUUUUUUACUAUAUAUGUUAAAAAGCCUUUAAUACUGUUUUGCUUGACCAUUGUGAAACUGACACUCUUUCAGUAAAAAACACAAUGGGUGUGCUGCAGGAAGACAGUUUGUGGUUAAAUAGAACAACAGAGCAAAGGGAAGCUCAAAUACUCGCAGUUUUAUGCAACAUCAUCAAAUUUAUAGUUAGAAAACAUUUUAUGUUCUGUCAAUAUCAUUGUUGCUUCUGAUGAUACCGUAUAAUCCUAAAUAAGGCUGUAUUAACACUAGAACCACCACGGCAGUCAUUUUGACAGUUUGAGGUUUUCAAAUUGAAAUUACUCUGCAUGUCUGAAAGUUAUGUGGUUGUCCAUUUGUGACUUUUCCUAAAUACAUGUAUGAAAUACCCUGACGGCGUUUUAAAGGCAGGAUCGCGAAAAUAAGGAAGUUAUAAUCCCGCCCACCUAGAACCACCAAAGCAGUCAUUUUGACUGCCUUUUACAAUACAUGUUUUUAUUUUGAAUAUAACCUACAAUAUUCUAUUUUUUAUAUAUACUGUACAAGCCUGUUUUUAUCUCUACCCCCACUGAGCUUACACGUGAUAUAUAUAGUCUGCUGUUGUACAGUAUUACUAUUUUACUGUUACAGGUACACUGACAGAGACUAAACUGAAACUCAAAAUGGCUCAACGAAGACGCAUGACCACUCAAGAAGCGAUUGAUAUGCUUACUGCUUUGUCCAAAAAUGAUUCUGAUGCAGGGAAUGUGAGUGAUCAUGACAGUGACGAAUCCUGGAUUUGUGAAACAGGCAGUUCCACCAGUGAAAGUGAGAAAAGUGUGAAACGGAGACACUGGAUUUCUACGGAGUGAAAGUCGGUUCUCGCCGGUAGCCAGUUGCUGUAUUUUACAAUGUACUGGACCUGGCAGCCAUCAGUUCCUUCAUUUUGUACAAGAAAUGCACCAGGGAAAAUAUCAGUAGGAGAGAUUUCAUCUUGAAGCUAGCCACAGCGCUUCGACAGAAACAUUUCGAUCAGAAAACUGCAAAGCAGCAGGCAAAUGCAGCUCAACCUGGAUUCAGUGCUGCACCCAGUGACACACGCAAGAGAAAACAGUGCCAGGUAGCUAAAUGCAAUGAAAAUAAAACUUCUGCUAUCUGUGCCCAAUGUGAAAGAGCAGUAUGUGGUAAAUGCACAGGAAAAACUGAGAAGCGUUACAUCUGUGUGGAUUGUGCUACUUAGGUGCUACUUUGAAGUCUGCUUCCCUGAAAGCGCAUUCACGUUAUAUAAUGGGAAUUGAGGUAUUUUCUUUUUUUUUUAUGUUACUCUAUAAAAAAAUGUUUUCGUUUUUACAGUUUUGUAUGUAUAUAUACCUAUUUACUCACUAGUUUAUUUUGAAAUGUUUAUUUUAUUAUAGUUUUCCAUUUUUUGAAGUAGUGCUUUACAUGUGGCAAGUUAGAAAAUAAACCCUUUUAUGUUUAAUUGUUCAUUUAAAUACAGUGUUUUUCGGCUGUGCAGAUGUUUGAUAUGAUGUGCUGGAAUAAAACUUUUGAGUUGUAUACAA